UACCGUGGAAAAUCAAUUGGAUGAAUUAACUUUUGAAGCUCUCAUCAAUAUUCAAUUUCGACGAACGAAAAACAAGAUCAACCCGGGUCACGACCACGGGAUCAAGGAACCACGGCUACUUGAGGUGAUAGGAGGUGGUAACGGACGUACCCGUUGAAGAUGCCGCCACGAAUCAAUUGCUCGGCGCGGAGCAGCAUCAGUCGAGCACUCCAAAGGACGACGACUAGAAGCUCUCAAAGACCAGCAGCUAUAUCACUCCAGAACUCAACGACCCUUUCAAGAUAUUAUGCCAUCCCAUCUUCCGUGCCGAAUGGAAUGCUGAGACUGCCCGACGACUAUAUCCCGCCGACCCAACCACCCAGCGCACGACGACCCGACACACGGAAAUCGCAGCUCCUCCGAUCCUACACAGCGCUGCUGCGCUCAACACCUCUAGUCCUGUUCUUCCAGCAUAACAACCUGACCUUCGUCGAGUGGGCCGCCGUCCGGCGAGAGCUGCAAGCUGCCCUAGACAAGGUGCCCAUGCCGGCUGUCGGGCCCGACGGCGGGGUCCCAGUCAAUGUUGCGGAGAGCGUCGACCUGCAAGUCAUCCGGACGCGCAUCUUCAGCACCGCCCUCAAGAUCGUCGAGUUCUUCCACGCGGAAGAGCAGCCGGGUAAAUCGAACGCCUACACCCAUGACUUAUCAACAACAGCAUACGAAACCAUAUCCAAAGUCGAGAUUGACGAGACCUCGGCAUACGGUCAGAUCAGCCCGCUGCUCAUCGGACCCGUCGCAGCUCUAACAUUCCCGGUCGUGUCUCCGGCGCAUCUCGCCGCCGCGAUCUCGGUCCUCGCGCCCUCGCCGCCGGCCUUCCCCGCGCCGGCGCGCAAGAAGAAUCCCGGAUACUACGAGCCCACGGCGCAGAGCGGGUUGCAGAAGCUGAUUCUCGUGGGCGGGAGGAUAGAAGGCAAGGUGUUCGAUAACGACGGCAUCAGAUGGGUCGGCGGUAUCGAAGGUGGCGUGGACGGUCUGAGGGCGCAGCUCGUUUCCAUGCUGCAGAACGCCGGCUUGGGCAUUACGACGGCGUUGGAGGGGCAUAGCAAGGGCUUGUGGCUUGCGUUGGAGGGUAGGAGGACGCAGCUUGAGGAAGAGAGUGGUGGCGGUAAAAAGGAGGGCGGAGAGGGGGGGAAGAGCGCAUAGAGUGUAUAACGCACGUUAUGUCUGUAUAUCACACCGGACAUGUAUCAAAAAUUUAGACCAGCGUAUGCCGUGUUGGGUUAUUGUAUACCCAUUCUUC